AUGGAGGCGGCGGGGCGGCCGCCGCUGCUGCUCCCGCUGCUGCUCCCGCUGCUGGCGGCGGCGCUGGGCGCGGCGGGGCGCGGCGGCCCCGGGCCCGUCACCUGCGGUUCCGUGGUGAAGCUGCUCAACGUGCGGCACAACGUGCGGCUGCACUCGCACGAUGUGCGCUACGGCUCCGGCAGCGGGCAGCAGUCGGUGACCGGGGUGUCGGCGGCGGAUGACGGGAACAGCUACUGGCGGGUGCGGGGCCGCACGGCCGCCGUGUGCCGGCGGGGCACGCCCGUGCGGUGCGGGCAGGCCAUCCGCCUAACGCACCUGGGCACCGGCCGCAACCUGCACAGCCACCGCUUCACCUCGCCGCUCUCCGGGAACCAGGAGGUGAGUGCAUUCGGGGAGGCCGGCGAGGGUGACUACCUGGACGACUGGACAGUGGUGUGCAGUGGGACCUACUGGGUGCGGGACGACGAGGUGCGCUUCCAGCACACCUCCACCGACGUCUUCCUCUCCGUGACCGGGGAGCAGUACGGGCGGCCCAUCCACGGGCAGAAGGAGGUGCACGGCAUGGCCACCUCCAGCCAGAAUAACUACUGGAAGGUGAUGGAGGGCAUCUUCAUGCAGCCCAGCGAGGCCUUCCAAAUGGAGCAGUACCACGCUGAGUUGUGAGGGACAGACAGACUGAUGCUGAGCCUCUGGGUGCUGCCCUGCUGUGUUUGGGACUGCUGAGCACAGGAGAUGUCUGCUGUCCCCACCCUGGGACUGACACACACCACUGACACAGGGCCAGCGGCACAAAGCAGAUCCCAGUGUCCUGAAUUUCAUGUGGAGCAGAUUCCAUUGUCCCAAAUCUGACACUAAACAUGUCCUAGUGUCCAGACCUGACCCAAAGCAGCUCCCAACUUCUAAAACCACUACAAAGCAGAUCCCAGUGUCCAGGCCUGACCCACAACAGAGCCCAACAUCCUAGAUCGGCACCAAGCAGGUCCGAGCAUCCCAAAUUAGCACAAAGCCAAGCCCAGUAUCCAGGUCUGACCUAAAAUAAAUUCCCAAAUUCCCACAUUGUCCUUUUGCAGCCCACUCUGUCCAAGGACCUGCCCCCUUAAAGGACUGCUGUCCCUGGGAGCUGCACCCCUUGCUGUACCCCAAACUGCUCCUUGUGCCCUGCAAGGAGCUGGGGCCAUAAAAGUGCUGAACUGUC